GGCACUGAGGGUCCCUGCCCCUCUCUCCCCAGCGUUGUAAGGGUGGUGGCAGCAGCAGAGGCACGGGAGACUGGUGCGCUCGCGCAGGCGGAGCCCAGCUGCGGGCCAGCAGAGCCCCUCCCCAGCGGUACUCUAAUCAGUAAGUCUCAAUGCCUGGUGUACUCUGAUCUCUUCAGCAGAGAAUUUAUAAAUCAGUUGUCCAGUUUGCUGAAAGAAAUAGAAAAUGGCCAAAGUUGAAAAGCUUGCUCUUCAUGUCCCAAGUCUAGAGGAACUUUCUGGGGUCCUGCAGAAUGGGCUGAAAGAGAACUUUGCUGAUGUCCAGGUCUCUGUAGUAGAAUGCCCUGAUCUGACUCAUGAUCCCUUCAACUUUCCUGUUAAAGGAAUCUGUGGGAAGCCUAGAAUAGCAGAUGUGGGAGGUCCUCCUUACCUUGUGCCUCUUGUACAAAAAGAUAAAGUUUAUGACCUGAACACCGUUGCAAAGCAAAUAGAGUUGCCUGGAGCUUUCAUUCUUGGAGCUGGAGCUGUGUCCUCUAGGAUUCUUGGAGUAAAUGCUGAGUUUAUCCCAGUUGCUCAAGCUGAGAGUGAACAAAAGCCUGCUGUAAAUGCGAGUUACACUGCUCAGAUUAAUCCUGCAGAUGGAGGGUGCCUUCUGGAGAAGUACAGCAACAAAUAUAGUGACUGUGAAUUUGGACUGCUGGCCAACCUGUAUGCCAGUCAGGGCCAACCUGGCAAGGUUAUUGAAGUGAAAGCCAAUGGAAGAACUGGACAGCAUAACUUUGUGACCUGUAUGAGACAAAUUAUAGAAAAAUGCUAUGGAGAUAAACCAGUUGGGAUAGGAGGUACAUUUGUUAUUCAAAAGGGGAAAGCAAAGAUUCAUAUUAUGCCCCCAGAAUUUUCUGCCUGUCCUUUAAACACUGACGAGGAACUGAAUAAUUGGCUCAGUUUUUUUGAAAUGAAGGCUCCGUUGAUUUGUCAGCCAGUACUAAUUUCAAGAGAUCCAGGGUUUGAUCUGCGAGUGGAGCACACCCAUUGUUUCAGUCACCAUGGUGAAGGAGGACACUACCAUGAGGACACGACACCAGAUAGUGUGCAGUAUCUGGGAUAUUUUUUACCUGCAGAACUUCUCUUUCGUAUUGAUAGACCCAAGGAGUCUCAUAUGGUUGGGAGAGAUUAAAUCCAUGGAUGCACACUUAGUUUUGAGUGUACGGAUAGCAAUUAAUUUUUAAAAAUGAAAUAUUGGAUUUGAUCAUUCUUUUAAUUGACAUCAAGCACACAUAUGAAAAGCUGGCAUUUUAUUGCAGUCUUAGCCUUUUUUAAAGAAUGGGACACGUUCAGAGUUUAGAUAGUUAUUUGAAUUCAAACAAACAAUUUCAAUCACAAUUUAAUUUUUAUCCAAACAUCAAAGCCAAAUAGUUUGUAUUA